AUUCAACUAUUCACACUCUUUUCUCAAAUUUUCAAAAUUUCAGUUUCUCCCUCCCUCUUCCAUUCCACCAAACCUAUUUGGGACACCCAUGGCGGCAGCUAGCAGCCAUCGAAUCCCAUGCCGCCACCACCUCCGGUGGUUCAUUCUGGUGUGGCUUCUCCUCUCUUGAAAUGCCUCUCUCUAUUUUCUUGUUCUCCUAAGCCCAGCCGUGGCCGAGCUUCUCCUUGCAGCCAUCGUCUCCAAGUUGCUGCCAUCACAUCAAUCCAGCCAACAGUCUCCCUCGCCGGAUCUGUCAAUUCGGUUGAAUGGCAUGAUUAUAGGUAUGAUAUUCUUUUGAUCAUUGAGAGCAAGAAAAGGCACGUGUUGGAGGGAUUAGUGUUGAAGUUUAGAUUGUUUUGUGUUAGUGAAGACCACAUGUUCUCACACUUGUAUAAGUUCUACCAUUAUGAAGAAGUAUUGUAGAAAUAUAUAUUUUUUGAAUACAUGUAGACCUUACAAAUUUUGUGAAUGCAAAAUUUAGGUUUUUUUU